UGAGAUUCUAUUCUCCAAAGGCGGAAUGGAUGAAAGAAUAAUUAAGACUUAGAGUAUGCAUUUCCAGAAUCUGUUACUUACGGUUUGGAGCCACAUGAUGUCGCUCUGUACCAUAAAAUUGAUCCGAUAGAGCGAGAAAGAAAGAAAAAAAAUCCCUCCUAUUCUUACUGUAAAGAAGCUGCAUCCACCAUCCAGAUGCUGAAAAAUGGAGGAUGCAGUGGGACUGGACUGAACGGUCAGGAGAUAUCUCUUCAUUUUGAAACAAGACCCCCUUCAUGAGAACAAAGCACUGCGGGCUUGAGAUGGAGUUUUCCUGGGGAAUCGGCCAGGAAUACCGGCGUUUGCUGCUCUCACUUCUGUUCCUUGCAACCUGGAAGGUCGGGAGCGGCCAGGUCCGCUACUCCGUCCCGGAGGAGGCCAAACAUGGCACCUUCGUGGGCCGCAUCGCCCAGGACCUGGGGCUGGAGCUGGCGGAGCUGGUGCCGCGCCUGUUCCGGGUGGCGUCCAAAGGCCGCGGGGACCUUCUGGAGGUAAAYCUGCAGAAUGGCAUUUUGUUUGUGAAUUCUCGGAUCGACCGGGAGGAGCUGUGCGGGCGGAGCGCGGAGUGCAGCAUCCACCUGGAGGUGAUCGUGGACCGGCCGCUGCAGGUGUUCCAUGUGGAGGUGGAGGUGAAGGACAUAAACGACAAUCCUCCUGUGUUCCCGGGAACACAAAAGAAUCUGUUUAUGGCUGAAUCCAGGCCGCUUGACUCUCGGUUUCCACUAGAGGGCGCCUCCGAUGCAGACAUUGGGGCCAACGCUCUUCUCACUUACACACUGAGCCCCAGUGAGUAUUUCUCGCUGGAAAAACCAUCCUAUGAAGAGCGAGUAAAACGUCUUGGGUUAGUAUUAAGGAAACCUUUAGACAGAGAAGAAGCCCCGGAGAUUUUUUUAGUGCUUACCGCCUCUGAUGGCGGCAAACCUGAGCUAACUGGCACCGUUCAGUUACUCGUCAAAGUGCUGGACGCCAACGACAACGCCCCAGCUUUCGACAGAACACUCUAUGAAGUGAAAUUACUGGAAAAUGUUCCUAAUGGAACGUUGGUAAUUAAACUUAACGCCUCAGAUUUAGACGAAGGCUUGAAUGGGAAUAUUACAUAUUCAUUCUCAACUGAUAUUUUACCAAAUGUGAAAUCCAAGUUCUACAUAGAUCCAAUUACUGGAGAAAUUAUGGUAAAGGGAUAUAUCGAUUUUGAAGAAAGCAAAUCCUACGAAAUUCUUGUAGAGGGCAUUGAUAAGGGGCAGCCCCCACUUUCUGGCCAUUGUACAGUUAUGGUGGAAGUUGGCGACACCAACGAUAAUGUCCCAGUAAUGGAAUUCAAGUCCUUGUCCCUCCCAAUUAGGGAAGACGCUCCACUGGGCACCGUCAUCGCCUUGAUAAGUGUGUCCGACCUCGACUCCAGUGUCAAUGGGCAAGUGACUUGCACCCUGUCGCCCAGUGUUCCGUUCAGGCUGGUGUCCACCUUCAAAAAUUACUAUUCGCUGGUGCUGGACAGCGCCUUGGAUCGCGAGAGUGUGGCGAACUAUGAGGUGGGGGUGACCGCGAGGGACGGGGGCUCGCCUUCCCUGUCGGCCACACAGAGGCGGCAGAGGGUGUGCUCUGGGGAGGGGCCGCCCAAGGCCGACCUCAUGGCCUUCAGCCCCAGUGUACCUGACUCUGGGGACAGAGAGGAUCAGCAGCCAGCAACUGAGGAUUCUCUUUCAAAGAUACUUGCUAAUGGUAUAAGAAUCUUGCAUCUCACCAAAUUUCCACUCACUUGA